AUGUGGCCCCUGGCCAGUGUGAUCGCCUUCCUGACCACGGCCUUCACCUCGUCAAGCGGCCUCUCUCAGGAGUACCCCAAGAUCAUCAACAGCACCAACGGGACCAAUGGGUUUCUCCCCGGCGGCUACACCUGCCCUCCCCACUCUCAGCCCUGGCAGGCAGCCCUGCUGGUUCAGGGGCGGCUGCUCUGCGGGGCGGUCCUUGUCCACCCCCGAUGGGUCCUGACUGCAGCACACUGUCUGAAGGACGGAUACAAAGUCUCCCUGGGCAAGCACGCCCUGGGGCACGCGGAGGCCGGUGAGCAGGUGCGGGAGGUCGCCCGCUCCAUCCCUCACCCUCAGUACCACAGAAGCCCCACCCACCUGAACCACGACCACGACAUCAUGCUGCUGGAGCUGCAGUCGCCCGUCCGUCUCUCCAGCCACAUCCGCGUCCUGCCUCUCUCCCACAGCGACUGCCUCCCGGCAGGCACCUGCUGCCGCGUGUCCGGCUGGGGCACCACCAUCAGCCCCCGCGUGAGUUUCCCACAAACCUUACAGUGUGCCAACAUCCAGCUGCGCUCAGAUGAGGAGUGUCGGCAGGCCUACCCGGGAAGGAUCACCCGCAACAUGGUGUGUGCCGGCUCCCGCGAGGGCGGCAAGGACUCCUGUGAGGGCGACUCAGGAGGCCCCCUGGUCUGCAACGGAAAGCUCCAUGGGAUCAUCUCCUGGGGAGACUUCCCCUGCGGGCAGCCCAACCGGCCCGGCGUCUACACCCGCGUCUCUCAGUACAUUUCGUGGAUCCAGGAAACCAUCCGAGGACAGAGGCCCCGAGAGCAGGAGUGGACGAAGGGCCCACAAUAA